AGGUCUGAGAGAGGCAGCAGGUCUGACUGCAACUGUCUGCGCUCAAGUCGCUGUCCCACUCACGCAGCAAGCAUCGCUUGGGUGGGAAGAAUGGCUCCGUGGUACUGGGCCACGCUCCCCUUCAUCCUCAGUCUGUCUCUGGCUCUGGCCCAAAGCGGAGGAGGAGAUGAAGAUCCCUUUGAAUUAUGCUAUUCCAGCAUAAGGAUAAAUCAAGUGAAUUUCACCUGUCAGCUGGAGGAUGACCUGGUUGGAGAGGUGACCUUUGCAGAGAUUUGCCCCACCUACAGUGAUACUGAGAACUGCAGCACCAUAAACAAAACGAGGGAAAAAAACAUCAUAUUCAGGAAUCUUUGUGUCUUAUCCACAUAUACGCUGAAAGUCCAUUUUAAAACAAGGGAACCAUUUACAAGCGAAUACCUGAUGACAGAAAUAAUAAAGCCUAACCCACCAAGGAUUUCCAGUGCAACAUUUCUGAGCCAAAGCAAUCACGCCAUCAUAGCCAUCGAAAGCGGGUACUCUGGCGACUACCUCGACAAAAAAAUGAAUAUCAGCAUCCGGAUCACGGACAGGAGUACAGUAAAAAAAUACGUCAUACUCCAGGACAAAUUAAUCAUCGAGGGAGUGCACCUAAGAGAGAAUAUGAUAUAUCACGUUCAGGCCAGAAUGAUACCCAGUGGCGAUUAUUUCCGCGGCUUUUGGAGCGACUGGAGCCCUUCCAGUCAAUUCCAAACACCCAAAGAGAUUGACAGCCAUCGAUCGCAUCGCCCUAAACCUAGCCUGUUGGUCUACGUGGUCAUCUUUGUGCCGCUCAUCUUGCUCAUGAUACUUGUUCUCGGGGUUCUCCGAUGGCACAAGGAGAUAAGAUCAGUCGUUUGGCCAAGCAUUCCAAACCCCAAAAACACUUUGGUUCAAGGGUACAAGCCAAAAAAGGGUCCACCUGUUAGCUUCAAUCCUGAGGCCUUCAUUGACAACAACAUCCACCUGAUUGACCGGGUCGAGGACACACGUGCCGUACCCGACAUUUUGGAAAGAUUGGGCGGCUGUGAGUUCAGAGGUCACGGCAGUUCUGAGAGGUAUCCGGAGGCGGUCCCGAGGAGCUCUAAUAGCAGUGUAGGAGAAUCUCAGCCUAUGCUCCAGAGCAAGAGCAGAGGAGACAAGGAGGGGCUUGAAGGGGACAAGCUCUCACACAGUCUAGGAAUUCCAGGAACUCCAGGCUCAUCGGGCAGAUCGAGUGGUGACGGCGGUAGCAAUGAUGCGGCCAAAAGCAUGCCAGUUCCUCGGAGAGAGGAGGCUUACGUCACCAUGUCCAGCUUUUACAAGACCCAGUGAAGGGUCUUCUAGGUCUUAAGAUCUUUCCAAGGCUGUUCUCUCUCAGAACUUUUGUACACUGAUUCAGAAGCAUUACGUUUCCACUGCUGCUCACGUCUGAUGGAUCUGACAAAAAAAUCUGAACCGCGACCACAGCCAGCCCUUAGAGGAAAAACCACUGUGCCUGGACCACACAAACAACUGACCACAGGACACCAUUAGUGUCUGUGCCUCACCAAUCCAUUUACUUUUGGAAACAAUGCAGAUGUGGUCUCUGUGGCAGGCACAGAAGAGCGCUCUAUCAUCUCUCUGCAAGGCAAUGUAUUGGCGGUGCAACCUUCAGCACAGGAGAUCAUCUUGGUCACAGGCUUUUCUGCUCCUCUCAGUGGUCACCAAGAGGCUGCUAUGAAACCAGCACGCUGCAAUAUAAAAAAUCUUCAGAAUAUUUUUGUGUCUUGACUUGUGUGUAUUUAGGUUGUCCUUAUUCCAGUUUGUUUUACAAUGUCAUUAGAAUUCUAUCAUGGAAUUUCUAGAGAAAUUGUAAAAUGUCGUGUUGGAAACCUCCUAUUACUGACUUCAUAAUAAAAUCAAAGUUGGGAUGUACUCAGGCGGUCAACUAA